AUGAUUUCCAGUCGCCGGGCGCCUCCUGGAGAGCAAAGACGCUAGGAAACCGAGAUGUUCAGUGCCGCGCUGUCGCUGUCCCCCUUACUUCUGCUGCUCCUGUCCUGGACGCCCGGAAGCCAGGGAGCUCCCGCGCAGGACGAGGUCCAGGACCUUCCCGGGCUGGCCAAGCAGUCGAGCUUCCGCCAGUACUCCGGCUACCUCCAAGGUUCCGGCUCCAAGCACCUGCACUACUGGUUUGUGGAGGCCCAGAAGGAUCCCCAGAGCAGCCCCUUGGUACUAUGGCUCAACGGGGGUCCAGGCUGCAGCUCCCUCGAUGGGUUACUCACAGAGCAUGGCCCCUUCCUGAUCCAGCCAGAUGGCACCACCUUGGAGUACAACCCCUAUUCUUGGAACCUGAUUGCCAACAUGUUGUACCUCGAAUCCCCAGCCGGGGUGGGCUUCUCCUACUCUGAUGACAAGUAUUAUGUGACCAAUGACACAGAAGUUGCCCAGAGCAAUUAUGAGGCCCUUAAGGAUUUCUUCCGCCUCUUUCCGGAAUACAAGAACAAUGAGCUUUUCCUGACAGGAGAGAGCUAUGCAGGCGUCUACAUCCCGACCCUGGCGGUGUUGGUCAUGCAGGACCCCAGCAUAAAUCUGCAGGGCCUGGCUGUGGGGAAUGGACUCUCCUCCUAUGAGCAGAAUGACAACUCCUUGGUCUAUUUCGCCUACUACCAUGGUCUCCUGGGGAACAGGCUCUGGUCUUCCCUCCAGGCCAAGUGCUGCUCUCAGAACAAGUGCAACUUCUAUGACAACAAAGACCCUGAAUGUAUGAACAAUGUGAACGAAGUGUCCAACAUUGUGGGAAAGUCUGGCCUCAACAUCUACAACCUCUAUGCCCCCUGUGCCGGCGGGGUGCCUGGUCAUGUCAGGUCUGAGAAGAACACUGCCGUGGUCCAUGAUUUGGGCAAUCUCUUCACUCGACUGCCACGCAAGCAAACAUGGCAUCAGGCACUGCUUCGCUCUGGGAAUAAGGUGCACCUGGACCCCCCCUGCACCAACAGCACAGCCCUUUCCACCUACCUCAACAACCCUUACGUGCGGAAGGCCCUACACAUCCCCCAGCAACUGCCUCCAUGGGAAUUAUGCAACUUCCUGGUGAAUUUGCAGUACCGCCGCAUCUACCAGACCAUGAACACCCAGUACCUCAAGCUGCUCAGCUCACAGAAGUACCGGAUCCUGAUCUACAAUGGAGACGUGGAUAUGGCCUGCAACUUCAUGGGGGAUGAGUGGUUCGUGGAUUCUCUAAACCAGAAGGUGGAGGUGCAACGGCGGCCCUGGCUCGUGGGCUACGGGGACAGUGGAGAACAGGUUGCUGGCUUCGUGAAGGAGUUUGAAAACAUGGCGUACCUCACCAUCAAGGGCGCUGGACACAUGGUCCCCACGGACAAACCCCAGGCUGCCUUCACCAUGUUCUCCCGCUUCCUGAAGAAAGAGCCAUACUGA